AUGAGAAGUGGGAGGCUAACCCAGUACAUUAAGGAGGCAGGCAGACUCGGCACCUCGCAGCAUAAUCCUGCUUCUGCCCCAACACCACAAGCAGCAGACCCUGUGCGUACAGCCUCUGCAAGCCCACAAGAACCUUUCAAGCAAGUCCCCAUGAUACAUGGGAUCGUGGAGCUCACUGAAGACCAAGAUCAUGCCACCAAAAUCCGUAAGAGGAUGGAGGAACAGGUGAAACGAUAUAGAUCAUUAGGCCACACGGUCAAUCUUGUCACUUCAGAGGACAGAAGUUAUCUAGCCUCUGCAAUCACCUUCACCGACGAUGACUUACAAGGAGUGCACCUACCCCAUGACGAUCCUCUCGUCAUCUCGCUACAGAUCGACCAUUGCCAGUUGGGCAGAGUUCUAGUCGACGGGGGCAGUGGCGUUGACAUCCUCUCCUGGGAAGCCUUCCAGAAGAUAGGGCUAGAGGAAAAUCAAAUCCGGACCUCCACUACGCCCAUUUCGGGAUUUAACAGCCAGAGAGUAUACCUGAAGGGCGUUGUGCGGUUAACCAUGGUGGCCGAAGAACGUACCCUGCCAGUGGACUUCCUCAUUAUAGAUUCCAUCACAAGCUACAACGCCAUCAUGGGGAGAAAUUGGACCCACAUGAUGCAAGGGGUAGUCUUAACUUUGCAUCAGGUGAUGCGAUGCCAAUCACCCAACGGGCGCUACACCAUCGGCAUAAAGGGAGGUCAGAAGCAGGCGAAAAAGUGCUUUUUUACCUUGAAAGAAAUAAACAACUCUGGCACUUCCUCCCCUGAUAACAAUCCUGACAAAUAG